AUGCCUAACCCCCCUUCGCCGCCCACCCCGGUCUCUUCAGGAAAGAAGAGACCACAUCCUCCGAAUGAUCCUCCGACUCAAACCGACACCGCGCAUUCAUCGCGGGAUGCACCAAAUCCUUCAGCGGGUGUGCCCUCUGCCUCGCCCGCUCGCUCAACCGCCACCGUCUCGUCCACCGCAUCCUCCUCAUUUCGCAAUGUUUCCGCGUGCAAUCGAUGCCGACUACGCAAGAAUCGCUGUGACCAGCGCCUACCGCGCUGCCAGUCUUGCGAAAAGGCCGGUGUGCGCUGCGUCGGAUACGACCCCAUCACGAAGCGGGAGAUUCCCCGCAGCUACGUCUAUUUUUUGGAAACUCGUGUAGCACAUCUUGAAAAGCAAUUGGCGGACAACAAUAUUGAGUUUAAGAAGGUCGUGGCUUUCGAUGAGGAAGAGGCUAUCAAAGUUGAGACUGAUGGGGACACCGCGCAAGCCCAAACCGGCUCGGAUGGACAGGUCGGAGAACGUUCUGUAGCGGAAAAAGUACGGGGGAAGAAUACCUCAAAAGAAGAACUUGGCCAGUCUGAUCAAAGGGAAGGAGAGCUUGUUCGCGAUGCAGAGGGCGACCCCACGAACGAGGAUAAUUGGCGCCUACAUAAUUUGGUUUCGAAUAUUGGCAUGGUCUCUGUGCAGGGUACCUCCGAUCCACGAUAUCUCGGUUCGACAUCGGGCAUCUCAUUCGCCCGGGUUGUUUUUGCUGCGGUGAGGAGUUCGCUCCCUGGCAAUAUGCCGGAGCGUGCUUCGGUCCGCACGAGCGAUCGUUUGCCGCAAAGUGCUGCUGGUACCUCUGGAGGAGGAAGCAGUAUGCGCGAUUCUUUCUUCGGCCUGCAAACAAGACCGAUGAUGAAGCGCGCGGGGUUCCCGGAUCGAGAGCUCGCAGAGCGACUGGUCGAUCUCUAUUUCGAACAUGCGAAUCCUCAGAUGCCGAUCCUCCAUCGGGGAGAUUUCAUGGAAUUGUUGGAUCGCACAUAUUCACUAGAAGAAAAGAACCGUUCUCCGCGUGCGCUCUACGUGCUUAAUAUCGUGUGCGCUAUCGGCGCUGGAAUUAUUUUUGAGGAUAAGCCUCAAAGCUCAGAUGAGGAGAACCGCGGUGAUCGUGACCAGUCCUCGUCUGGGGCGAAGAGGCCGAGACUCUCGAGCCAUCAAUAUCAACCAGAAGAAUACCACGCUUCGGCGAUCAUUCAUCUGGAAUCGUUCCUCGGCUCAUCUUCUAGUGAAGGCUUUGGUGGGUUGGAAGAGCUGCAGGCAGUGCUUCUUCUGGCCAGUUUUGCCCUACUGCGACCUGUUGCACCGGGUCUUUGGUAUAUUGUUGGCGUUGCCAUGCGCUUAGCAGUCGAUCUCGGACUUCAUUACGAAGACGGCGUGGGCAUUGACUCCGCAACGAAAGAUGGAAAUCAAGCACAGUCGCGGAUCGAUGCUCGCGAACGAGGACGUCGCGAAUGGGUGCGCGAUUUGCGCCGCCGCCUGUGGUGGUGUGUCUACAGCUUUGAUCGGCUGGUUGCUACCUGUGUUGGACGACCAUUUGGUAUCAGUGACCAGGCCAUCAGCACUGAAUUCCCGUCCAUGAUGGACGAUAAAUACAUUACCAAAUCCGGUCUACUCACACCUUCAGACGGAGCGCCUACCUAUAAGCAUGUCGCAUUCCAUUAUUUCAAACUACGCCUCCUUCAAUCGGAAAUUCACGAUGUCCUACAAUAUCAACAGGUUCGCGCUGUGCGGAGAAGAGCUUCCGGUGUAGCAAUUCUCCCACAUACUGAGCUCUCCUCCUCUUUCCUGCAGGGAUUUGACUCAUUCCGCUCAUGGCGCCAUGAUGUGCACCGCCGAUUGGUUGAGUGGCAAGAGACUGCACCGACACGCCCAGAAACAGGCGUGAGGUUUUCCAUCGAACUACUCGAGUUGAAUUACUGGCAAGCUAUCAUCCUGCUAUACCAGCAGAGCUUGACAGUCCCCGCAGAGCUAGCUGGGGAGCUAACCCCUGCAGAUGAUGUCUCGAGUCCUUCUUUCUCAAAUUUCGACGAGGGCGAUGAAGAGGACCACGUCUAUCUGAACGUCGCCGAGGCUGGCCAGAAAGUGAUUCGAAUUUAUCGCCAGUUGCACAGAGUGCGCUUGGUGAACUAUACUUAUCUUGCAACGCAUCAUAUCUUCAUGGCUGGAAUCUCUUUCUUAUAUGCUAUUUGGCAUUCGCCUUUGGUUAGAAGCCGUUUAACUCUCGACGAAGUAGACUUCACAGUACUCGCCGCAACUUCGGUUCUGGGUGAUCUGAUGCACAAAUGCCCGCCUGCCGAAGCCUGUCGCGAUGCAUUUGAGCGCAUGAGCAAGGCUACUGUCCAAAUGUGUCUUUCCACCACCGGCUUUGGGUCGCAGGUCGAUAUGAGCCGGAUCCACGCUACAUCACAGGCCGGUAACCAAUUCUACCCAGGUCGGGCGCGACAGCCCAUCAACCAGCAGCCCCGCGCAGGCCAAAGUCAGGCUCGUCGGGCACCUCAGACACGCUCAUCUCGCCCAGUCCCAAAGUUCGAUAUGAACCUGGCUGAUCUUUUCACUGACAACACUCCCCUGGCUGACCGUUCUCGACCCGAGAAUAGAGCCGGAGGGCAAUCCUACCCUCAGCCGGAAUCAAUGGCUCGCAAUUUCCCAACUGAUCAGUCCCGAUCAUAUGGACAGCACAAUCCAUCUAUGGAGUACUAUCCCAAGUACGAUAAUGCGGGUUCCCCGCAGCCUCAGCCGCAAUUCUACUACUCCAACUCGCCGCAACAAAGUGGCUCUCCUGGCAGUAAUGCUCAUGGCUUAGCACCUACCGAUACAGAAGCGCCGCCAGGAAUGAGUCUGGAUUUCUUGGAUUUCGGAUCUGGCGAUGCAGAAAGCCAGAAUAAUAUGGAAGGCGAAGCAAAUCCGGAUUACAACAUGAUGCCUGCACCAUCUUUAGGUCCCAAUCUGGGCCAAAACGUUGGUAUUGAUCUUGGCUUUGGGAUGGCAAUGGACUUCCAGCAUGACUGGAGUGAGAAUCCCAACUACGAUCUUUUAGAGGGUUAUUUCUUUGGUGGCUCGGGGGCUGGCGCUCCUGGAGGGGAUCCUUAG